AUGACUCCGCACUCGAUCGCAGUUGGUCUCGCCCUGCUUGCCGGCUUGACUCUUCUGUAUACCCUCCUAGUGGCCCUGUUCUCGCCUCUUCGCAAGGUGCCAGGCCCUCUCUCAGCCCGGUUCACUAACCUGUUCUAUCUCAACCGUGUCCGCCAGGGCCGCUUCCACUACGAGAACAGUGUUUUGCACCGCAAGUACGGGCCGCUCCUGCGGCUCGGCGAGAACCUUGUGAGCAUUGAUGACCCAAGUGCUGUAAAGACCAUAUACGGCAUCGGCUCCAAGUUCCCUAAGAGCAACUGGUACAACGCUUGGAGGGCCCCUGGGCCGGAGAACUUCACCCUCUUCUCCGACCAGAACAUAGCCCGCCAUGCCGACACUCGCAAACGCUUCCAGAAUCUAUACAGUAUGACCUCUUUAGUGUCUUAUGAGACCUUUGUGGACGAGUGCGCGGACGUAUUCGCCCAGAGGCUGCAUGAGAUGUCAGGCACCGGAACAUGCAUCAACAUGGGGCACUGGUUUCAGUGCUAUGCCUUUGAUGUGAUUGCUUGCAUCACCUACGGCAGCCGCUUCGGUUUCCUCGAUCGCGGCCACGACAUCCGGGGCAUGAUGAGUGACCUCCACGCUGUUCUACGGUACUCCACCUUGGUCGGCAUCGUUCCAUGGCUGCAUGACUGGAUCUUUUACCCGGCUAGCAAACUGCAGCUGUUCGGUGCCAAGGGUCGCGUGACGACGAUGGAUUUUGUCAAGCGUCGAAUGGCCAUCCGAGAUGGUGAGAGGCAACUGAGGGACCCUAGCGACAAGGCAAAGGCCCAAACGGAAGGGGUGACACGGGAUUUUCUGGACCGACUUCUUGAUCAGCAUGAUGAAAACCCCGAGAAGACGACAAUGUAUCAUGUAUUCGUCGUGGGCCUGGCCAACAUCAACGCGGGCUCAGACACGACGGCGACGACUCUGUCCGGGAUCCUCUACUACCUAUUGAAGACCCCACGAGUGUUGGCCAAGCUGAAGGAAGAGAUUGAGGAAUUUACUGCCAAUGGGCAGCUUUCAGCGCACCCGACAUUCAAGGAGACCCAGCGCAUGUCCUAUCUCGAUGCAGUGGUCAAGGAAGCUUUGCGAUUACAUGCAGCCGUGGGCCUUCCACUCUGGCGCGUCGUCCCGGAAGGCGGAGCGGAGAUCGCGGGACAGUACCUCCCCGCUGGCACCAAUGUUGGCAUCAAUGCUUGGGUCGCUCAUUUCAACGAAAACGUCUGGGGACAAGACGCCAAGCAGUUCCGUCCAGAACGCUGGCUCGAGGCUCAAGCAGAGGCGCAAGCUGGAGACAAAUACCGCUUGCAGCGGAUGGAGGCGUACUACAUUCCUUUUGGGUUCGGCUCGAGGUCUUGUGUCGGUAAACAUAUCAGCAUCCUGGAAAUAUCGAAGCUGAUGCCCAGGCUCUUGAGAGAUUUUGACUUUGAGCUGGAGAAGCCCACUGAAGACUGGGAUUGUGAGGACUUUUGGUUCGUCAUACCGAAGGGAUUCUCUGUUCGCGUCAAGAGGGCAAAUGGCAAUUUUUAA